AUGUCGGCAUCAGUUUGGUCUAGUAUAUGGAGACGCUGUGCUGUUAGAAAUAUAUCUGGAAGGGCUUCACUCAUAUCUCCAAGUGUGGCAUCAACUGUCAAUUUAGAAGCAACGAAAAUAAAUCAUUGUCCGGAAGAAGCCCAACUUAGAAGAUGGUUACCACUUCGUUGUGGUGCUAUAACCAAAAAGGAGGGCAUGAUGCCAUUUUUCGACGAGAGUGAUGGCAAACGAGUCGCUGCCACGGUACUAAAAAUGCAAAACGUUGAGGUCAUGAUGCACAGAACAGUUGAAGAAAAUGGUUACUUUGCAUGUCAGGUUGGAUAUGGUUCAAAAGAUCCACAAAAAUCGAGCAGACAAAUGUUGGGCCAUUUUGCCUCAAAAAAAGUCAAUCCUAAGGAAAAGGUUGCCGAAUUUAGGGUAAAAAAUGAGCAAGGUCUUUUACCAUUGAGUACUUUGAUUAAGCCAUCAUUUUUCAAACCUGGUCAAUAUGUGGAUUUAAGGUCAAUAAGUAAAGGUAAAGGGUUUGCGGGUGUUAUGAAAAGACAUAAUUUUAAAGGGUUGAGAGCCUCACAUGGUACCUCCGUAAUGCAUAGACAUGGUGGUUCUUAUGGUCAGAACCAAGAUCCGGGUCGUAUUUUACCAGGUAAAAAAAUGCCAGGUCAUUUGGGGCACCAGCAGGUAACAAUUCAAAAUGUUCAGGUCUUGAAAGUAGAUAAUGAAAAUGGUGUUAUAAUUGUAAAAGGUUCUGUUGCUGGUCCAAAGGGUUCAUUCGUGAAAAUUCAAGACGCCAUCAAGAAACUGCCUCUUGUGAAAUAG